CCACCGCAGCAACAGGCCGCAAACGUCGCGUAUCCCUCCUGCGAACGCGAUAGUUUCCUUUCUAUUUCCCUACCUUUCUUCUUCUUCUUCAUUUUGUGCAACAAAUUCACCGGAAUCCACCCACCAAGGGGAGGAGCUUGACACAUCCGGAGACCGUCGAGAAAGAUUUUCGAUAGUCAUAACAACUACAUUUACGACAUGAAGAGGUCGUUAACAUCGUUGUAUGUGCUGUCCUUCAUCUGCAAUUGGGCGCUGAUUUUUUCCUCCAUAUUAACCCCCAUGAAGGCGGAUGGAAGUUUGAGGAUCUUCAAGGAUGGGCCCAAUGACUUCGAAUACGUGCUGAAGAGGCAUGAGGUCGAUAGAAGCUCGGAAGAUCUUGACUCAAAAGAACGACGAAGCAGCAUGGGGUCCUCUUUCAUUAGAUACGGUCGCAGCGAUGUGGACGGAAAUAUAGAGAGAGUUUCCAACAGCGAUAGCGAUGGUAGCUCGAAGGUGAACAGGUAUCCUCGUUGGAAGUCACCGGAUAUCAUCAUUAGGUUUGGCCGAUCGAGCUUCAAGAGCCUGAACGAUGACACACACUACAGACACGGAAGGAAUAACUUGAAUUUUCUCAGAUACGGCCGGAACGUGCAGGUUUAUCCUCUAGAAAUCGACGUGACUGCGAUGUGCUCUGAUCUACUAUCAAAUGACGAGGGCAACGAUCUUCAUCCGUACGAGGCGAGGUUGCUUCGUCUGUGUAACAUUUUGAAUAACAGCGAUAUAGAACAUAGAAACAGUCUGGACUUCUUAGAAGACCGGCUCGGUUCGAAACACAAUUAAAUAUGCUCUUGUAAUCGAUCCAUCGCGCCUAUUCAUCGGAAUUCGUGCCAAAACCCGCCGUCAACAGCUCACUUUCGGGACACUGCACCGUAAUCGAUACCGAAAUUCCGAUGGACAACGUUGUUAUCGACCGAUCCAUACUCAGUUAUGACUCGACGAAGAUCUGUUACACCUUUCUUCGAGCUUCUAACCUCGCAAAUGAUUUUAUGGAGAUGCUUUCGUCUUGGCCUUUCAGGUAAAAUUGUGCUUAAUAGUAUUAGACAACUGCAAAUACAUCGGCAACGAAUUUUACAUCAUAUUAUUCGUUUGUUUGGAUAUUUAUUGUCUACUUUGCGAAAUCUUAUAUUUUCAAGCCUAAAAGAUUAUUCUCUUCCUCGAACUGUUUCAUAUUAAAACAUUUUUCUUCAGACAUCAAGCGACAUAAUGGUCAGAAACAAAAAUGGAUUUAUCAUAUUUUUCUCGUGUGAUUGCCAAAUUGAUUCGUUAUGAACUGAGACAGAUUGAACCGAGACGAAAUUUUUCAAUUUUUCUCAUUUGGUUUUCACGGAGAUAUUUCAAUGAGUUCCUCGAAUUUCGUACAGAUUUGAGAAGAUUUGUGGAUCGUUGUGUGAUCAUAUGUAAAUAACGCUGUUUGAUAUUAUUUUUGUUAACGCAUUAUUACGUUUUUUAAUGGCUAUAGUAUGGCCCCUUUUGCAUAAUUUAUUAAUUAGUAAUAGUGAACUGACAAGUUGUAAGUUAUAGAUUUCUUCUUUAUAAAUGUACAAUUUUACAUUAAAUAGAUUGAUCGAAUGAUUUAUAUGUUAUUUGUUAUAUAUGUUUUUUGUACAAAUUCAUUUGUAAAAUUCCAUUUGCUUUGCUAUCAAACUUGGCUCAAUUAUGUAAGAAAGUCAAUUGAUAACCUAUAACUUGUGAAUUGUAAAAUUUCAUUAAUAAUAUUAUAGUUCAAUUGCGCAUGAGAGAGUUCAGAUAGAUGAAUUAUCAAUAAUUCUAAGGAAAGAAGAAUUGUUUGUAUUUAUUUGAAUCAAUAAUAUUUAAUUAUCGAUGAUACGAAACAUGAUACAUGGAAGCAGUGAUUAUUACAUCUGUUUUAAGCAACAAUUUUAUAAUUCAUUUUUAAUGAAUAAAUUUUGCCGUCUAAAGAGAUAAGUGUAACAAUAAACGGAGGAUAAACAGUUAUAUGAAUCACUAUAGUAGAAACUUGGUGUAUCAAUUUAUGCGAUAACGAUCUACCUCACUAAUUGCUUUUCACAAAUUAAUUUCUAUUUUAACAGUAGUAAAAAGAUACUUUCCUACGAUCUUUUCAAAAUUUUAUGUCGUCGCUAAUUAGUCUAAUUAUUGAUUUAUGCCUUCGUAGAUAAUUUUACAACCGUAAAUGAUUUCUCUUCAUAAAGAUCUAUUUGUUCGAUUAACAAAAAGGCCGACGAAUAACGUUGUACCAUAACCUUCCUUCUGGGUACUUUAAUGUACAUCCACCUGCGUAUUCAGUGUAAAUAAAGAAAAUUUCAUUGGCUUCGUAUACGUGAAUCGAGAGUCCACGAGAUUAGUCCAGAGAGAAAAGAGAUGAAAUAAAACUUGAACGUUUCUGCGUUGUAACAAUCGUCUUCAUUGUCUAUAACAAAAUUAAAUCGUCAUUCCAUUGUUAGAUUGUCGAGUACCUGAAAAAAUUUUGGCUAAGUCCUAAUAACCUAGCAACAGAGAUAAUGAUUUAUUUUAAAAUAAUAUAUUAGUUUGUUGCACCCAGUAAAGUGCAAUAAACCGAAUUUUUUUAAUAUAGUUAAAUUUAAUUUUCUAAAAUUAUUUUAAAUUGAUUAAAAUCGUUAUUUACAAACUUUCGAAAAAACCAAACGAGUUUACUUAUUGCUAGGAAAUUUUUCAUUUAUUUCUUCAACAUAAAUACAUAAAAAGAUCUAUGGGAUAACCUAAUAAUAUCUACAAAUUAAUUUCGUAUUUGAGAUGAAAUGAAAAGUUGCCAAAUUGAAAUAGAGAAUUCUUAUCUUAUGAAACUAGAAAUAAUUGUGUCGUGGCUGUAAUAAUGUUCCUUUUUCUUUUUUUAUUAGAAGCAUACAUUUUGUUAUCUCUUUUCAAAGUUUUAUGGACCUAGUUAUUAUUUUCUGGAGUAUUCCACAAUUUGAAUAGGAGCUAGUAUUAUGUUACUGUACAUUGUCUGUAACCUGAACGUUAUUCUUAAAGUGAAUGUAAAUUUAAUACACGCGUAUAAUUAAAUAAUUAAAGGGACAAAAAAAGUGACUGGAAA